AUGACCAUUGAAACUCAUCAAGAACCCGCACUAGUACAAUCUAAUGUGUUCAAGCAGUUGAUCAUCGCAUGUGAGAACGACGCGGAAAAAGUACAACAAGCUUUUGAAAAGCACCGAUCAGCCCGGAACGCAAAAUUCAAGAAUCUCAUUCUCAAUCCCAGCUUUCAACAAUGGCAAUUCGACGAGAUCCUGCACCAAGUCCUCGAGGCCAAACAGGGUCUCACCCAAUAUGUCGACCCGAGGAACAAUCUAUCCCUUUGGUCUCGACCCCCACGACAUAUCCGGGAAUUGAUUGAUGAAAUACAGCAAAUUCUUGCACCGAUAGCAGGACCCUGCCUUUGGCUCACCCCUUCGGACCAUCUCCAUAUGACUACGCUGGAGAUGCUGCCAGCACGGACUCUCGCCGAGGUGAACGAGCUUGAAAAGUUCCUUAAGGAGAACACGUCCUUGCAAGAUAUUGUCAACUACACGCUAAGUCACCGUGCUCGGUUGGUACGCCCGAUUGUCAGCUAUGAUGCUUCGGCCUUGGCCUUGAGCUUCAUCCCUGCUGUGGAAGACAGGGAUCGUGAGGUCGAUGGAAAGUCAAACAAGAGCUACUCGUAUCAGUAUCUACGCAGUGAUCUCUAUGAUAUCGUGACUGAAGCUGGUUGCCAGCUGGAGGCACGGUACACGGUGCCAUCAGCCCAUGUCACAAUUGCACGAUUUGUGCGCCCAGUUGGAUGGUCUGAGAGGGAGUCUGGAGGGUCUGAUCUCUUUCACAAAAGGGCUCAAGAGCUGGUCGCUACAAUCGAGGAUAUCAAUCAAGAAUUGAGAUCAGAUCAUUGGAAGCGAUUUGGUGAUCCGUCGCGAGGCGAGUGGGUAGUAGGACAGGAGAAAGGAUUGGAGUUGAUGAAGGGACGGUCCUGGUAUGGAAAGGGUGAAAGUAUCAUAAUUGGCAAGGGUUUCCAAUAA